CUACCUGCGUGCAUUAAAGUUGAACGCCAGAAAAGAUCAGCACCCAGCGGUGUGUUUCCACGAAGCUAAGCAUAUAUUCGAAAAUCUCCAUUUUUCUCUUCGGUUCUGGUAGGCGGUCCAACCAAUUACGACUACUAUUUUAUCGCUAAAUUUCCAUUUCCCCAUUCAUCUAUCUACAACGGAUCGUCUCCCCACAAGAUCGGUUACAAAUUACAAUACCGAACAUCUUUUCUUCGUCUCGUUCUUUCUGAAACGCAGAUUCGAUUUCAUAACCCUUUUUGAUAAAUUCGCCGGAUAGAAUUACCUAUUUUUCAUUUGGCGUGUUUCAUUUUGAUCUAAUUUUGUUAUCUCUGUGAUAAUAGUAACGAAUUGUGGUAGAGAAAUUCGAUAUUCUGAAGAAAUGAUGAACGGGAUGAUGGAUCCGGAGAUGUUCAGAAUCGCUCAAGAGCAGAUGAGUCGUAUGUCGCCCGCUGAGUUGGCUCGGAUUCAGCAGCAGAUGAUGUCUAAUCCUGAGUUGAUUAGAAUGGCUUCCGAAAGCAUGAAAAAUUUUAGGCCGGAGGACCUGAGGAAUGCUGCAGAACAGUUGAAGCAUACCCGGCCAGAGGAAAUGGCCGAGAUUGGUGAGAAGAUGGCUAAUGCAUCACCUGAAGAAUUAGCUGCCAUGCGUUCCCGUCUAGAUGCACAGAUUAAUUAUGAACUAAAUGCAGCUCAGAUGCUUAAGAAACAGGGGAAUGAUCUUCACAACCAGGGAAAUUUCACUGAUGCCUCAGAGAAAUAUUUGCUUGCAAAGAAAAACUUGAAGGACAUUCCUGCCUCGAAAGGCAGAAAUUUGUUAAUGGCAUGUUCUUUGAAUUUGAUGUCAUGUUUCUUAAAGACUGGACUGUAUGAUGACUGCAUAAUGGAAGGCACUGAGGUUUUGGAAUAUGAUGCAAACAAUAUUAAAGCUCUUUACCGGAGGGGUCAAGCUUAUAAAGAACUGGGACAUCUAGAAGAUGCAGUGUCUGACUUGACUAAGGCACAUGAAAUUUCACCUGAUGAUGAAACUAUCGAAAAUGUCCUAAGGGAUGUUAAAGAACGUUUGGCAAAACAAGGCGGUGGGCAUGCUUCAAGAAAAUUAGUCAUUGAAGAAAUAACUGAAGACGAGUCAACUGGGUCAUCUAAAAAACCCGAAAAUUCAACUGCUGAAAGUUUUAUGUUACAACCACAAGGAACAAAACAAGAGGCCUCUAGUUCAGAGCAUUUGCAUGAAAAAGCAAUACAUGGCGGACCUCCUUCAUCUAGUUCUGAGUGUUUGCAAGCUUUAAAAGAUGAUCCUGAAUCAAUCAGAUCCUUCCAAAAUUUUGUUUCUCGUGCUGAUCCGGAGACUUGGGCUUCCCUUAGCGGUGCAAAUGCUGAAGGCAUACCUCCUGAUAUGGUGAAGACUGCAUCCAAUAUUAUUGGCAAGAUGUCCCCAGAAGAACUUCAAAGAAUGGUUCAAAUGGCUUCCUCGUUCCAAGGAGAAACCCCAUUUACAAAGAGAGGUUCAUCAAACUCAACUAGUGAUAGCUUUGGUCCUGGUUCAGUGCCUCCAAAUAUGACUCCUGAUAUGAUGAAAAUGGCGACUGAUAUUAUGGGUAAGAUGUCUCCUGAUGAUCUCCAAAAGAUGUUUCAAAUGGCACCCUCUUUCAAAGAAAAGAAUCCUGCAAGAGCUGCUGCAGCAUCCAAUUCUAAUGAACAGUUGAGAGCUCAAGAGACUCGUGAAAAUUUCAAAGUGGAUGAUAACAUUGGUACUAGUAGCUCAUCCCAGGGACUUCUAAAUUCUAGAAAUGGUUCUAACUCUGGUUUAUCAAGCUCAGCUGCUGAUCUGCAAGAACAAAUGAGAAACCAAAUGAACGAUCCAGCUAUGCGGCAGAUGUUCUCCUCCAUGGUUAAAAACAUGAGCCCAGAUAUGAUGGCUAACAUGAGCAAACAAUUUGGACUUAAUCUUUCUCAGGAGGAUGCAGAAAAAGCUCAGCAGGCCAUGUCAUCUUUAUCACCGGAUGACUUGGAAAAAAUGAUGAAAUGGGUAGAUAGAUUUCAAAGAGGAGUCGAGGGUGCCAAAAGGACGAAAAAUUGGCUUUUGGGAAAGCCUGGUAUGAUCUUGGCAAUACUUAUGUUGCUCUUGGCCAUCCUCCUCCACUGGCUGGGCUUCAUAGGCCAUUAGUUUUGACAUGCUACAAUAAGCUGAAGACCGGCAGAAGUGCCAGUCAUCAGGCUCACAUAAUUGGCUCUUUAAGGCUGUCUUUGUCGUGCAUCAUCACCUUGUUAGUCUUGGCAGAAACUAGGUUGGAAUUUUGAAGGCCAUCUGAAAUGAUCUCAGUCAGUAUUUCUGGAAUGUGUUAAAUGAUGCAUUUGGAGACUGCAUAUUGUUAAUGUCUUGUGUUUUUGGUUGAUGUAGCUUCUGUGACUCGAUGAAAUUGUUUAAUUCUUUGUUCUGGAUAUUGUAGAAAAUAACCUUACUAUUGUAAACAUUUUACUUCGUUAUUGAAUGUAUUAGUUUUAAACGCA